AUGGGCAAAUUGGUCGGAGAUAAUGGGAAUAAGUCUCCAUGUGAAAUCGAACGAGAGCCCAUGGCAAUGUCACGAUCUCAGAGCACCGAUUCUUUGAAUAGUUUGAAUUCUACCAGGAGCUCAUCGAGCAACAGGCCAAAAACGUAUUUUUGUGACUAUGACGGCUGUGAUAAGGCAUUCACGAGGCCUUCGAUCUUAACUGAGCAUCAAUCGACCGUUCAUCAAGGUUUAAGAGCAUUUCAGUGCGACAGUUGCGCAAAAUCGUUUGUUAAGAAGAGUCAUCUAGAGAGGCACUUGUUUUCGCAUUCUGAUACGAAGCCAUUCCAAUGUUCUUAUUGUGGCAAGGGAGUGACAACUCGACAGCAAUUGAAGCGCCAUGAAGUUACGCAUACCAAAUCUUUUGUUUGUCCCGAAGAUGGAUGCGAUCUCCGAUUUUAUAAGCAUCCUCAGUUAAGGGCUCAUAUUCUAUCCGUCCAUCUACACAAAUUAACCUGUCCCCAAUGUGAUAAAAGUUUCCAGAGGCCCUACAGGCUAAGGAAUCAUAUCUCCAAACACCAUGAUCCUGAAGUAGUAAAUCCUUAUCAAUGUACUUUUGCUGGCUGUUGUAAAGAAUACCGUAUAUGGUCGCAGUUGCAAUCACAUAUUAAGAACGACCAUCCUAAACUGAAAUGUCCCAUUUGCAACAAGCCUUGUGUGGGGGAAAAUGGUCUACAGAUGCAUAUGAUCAUUCAUGAUGAAUCUUUGGUGACUAAGAACUGGAAAUGUCAUAUUUGUUCUAAUACAUCUUUCUCAAGAAAACACGACCUUCUCACUCACUACCAGUCAAUGCAUACGGAUGAGGAUGUUCCCUUAGAAUUGAAAUAUAAGGCCCCCGAUAUUCAACAAUUAGUUCAGGAGCAAGGGAUUCAUCUUAGCGACGAAGACGUCACCAGCGAACAAGAUAGUGGCAAAAUAUCCAAUAGGUUAAGGAAACGAAGAAAGCUCAAUGAAAAUAACAACUUCAUCUUUUUGCAAAAUGAAAUAAACCUAGAAAAGCAGUUAGAGUUUGGUGAAGAUGGGUUGAAUCUUCUACUGAAUUCUGUUGGAAGAAAGCACAAGUGUUUUUACAAUAAAUGUUAUAGAACUUUCAAGACAAAGGAAAAAUACGAUAAACAUAUAGAUAAGCAUAAAAUACAUGAACUGAAACUGAAAAUCCUACAAGAAAAAGAAGGUAAGGAAAUGAUAGAGAAUAGUGACGAAAACCAGCGGGACCUGAAACCAACUACAAUACUGAGUGAGAAAUAA